AUGGUGCUUUCAAUAAACUGGACCACCGUCGAAGCGGACGAAGUACCAGCGUUUUUUCUUAAAAUAGCAAAAAACAUACCGCGAGUUGGACGAAGCGGCAGGAUCGACGAGUAUUUAUUGACCAAGCAAUCUAAAAAUUAUCCCCGAGCUAAUAAAGUUGGUGAAUACUCUCCGGUAUCUAAUGAGUAUUUGUCUUUAACGGGGGGGAAUGAUCCAGAAAUACAUAAGCGGAUGGUGAAUUAUCCUGCUCCAGGAAAUAUUGAUUCAAUAUCGUGGGAGCAUUUUCCGCUGGCUAUUGAAGGACCUCCCGAGCUUUGGCGUACUCUCGCGUCUUAUGCAAACGAUAAAUACGGAACGGCUUCCGAUGAUAUCGAAAACGAAAUUUGGCAGAGAAACAAACGCAAGAAUGUUGAAAAUUAA